GCCGCGCCGGCCCGAGCAGCGCAGCGGGCGGGGGGCCGCGCGCUCUCCACCCGCACCCCACCGUGGCCCCGAGGCCCCCAGCCCGGCCCCAGGAUGAUGAAGAGGCAGCUGCACCGCAUGCGGCAGCUGGCCCACACCGGCAGCUUGGGACGCACCACGGAGACAGAGACAGCUGAGUUCCUGGGAGAGGACCUGCUGCAGGUGGAGCAGCGACUGGAGCCAGCCAAGCGAGCAGCCCACAAUGUCCACAAACGGCUGCAGGCCUGCCUGCAGGGCCAGAGUGGGGCUGACAUGGACAAGCGGGUGAAGAAGCUUCCUCUCAUGGCUUUAUCCACCACGAUGGCUGAGAGCUUCAAGGAGCUGGACCCUGAUUCCAGCAUGGGGAAGGCCUUGGAGAUGAGCUGCGCCAUCCAGAACCAGCUGGCCCGCAUCCUGGCUGAGUUUGAGAUGAGCCUGGAGAAAGAUGUCCUGCAGCCACUCAGCAGGCUGAGUGAGGAGGAGCUGCCAGCCAUCCUGAAGCACAAGAAGAGCCUGCAGAAGCUGAUGUCUGACUGGAGUGCCCUCAAGAGCAGGCUCAGCCAAGCAGCCAAGAACUCUGGUAGCAGCCAAGGCCUGGGUGUUGGUCCAGGCAGUUAUAGCCACACCACCACUGCCAACAAGGUGGAGACGCUGAAGGAGGAGGAGGAGGAGCUGAAGAGGAAGGUGGAGCAGUGCAAGGACGAGUACUUGGCUGACCUGUAUCACUUUGCCACCAAGGAGGACUCCUAUGCCAACUACUUCAUUCAUCUCCUGGAGAUCCAGGCGGACUACCAUCGCAGGUCACUGAGCUCGCUGGACACGGCCCUGGCCGAGCUGAGGGAUAACCACAGCCAAGCAGACCCCUCCCCCUCGGUGACGGCCACCCCCUUCUCCAGGGUGUACGGCGUGGCGCUGGGCACCCACCUGCAAGAGCUGGGCCGGGACAUCGCCCUUCCCAUCGAGGCCUGCGUCCUGAUGCUGCUGUCCGAGGGCAUGCAGGAGGAGGGUCUUUUCCGCUUGGCUGCUGGGGCUUCGGUGCUCAAGCGCCUCAAGCAGACGAUGGCCUGCGACCCCCAAAGCCUGGAGGAGUUCUGCUCCGACCCCCAUGCAGUGGCAGGUGCCCUCAAGUCCUAUCUCCGGGAGCUGCCUGAGCCCCUGAUGACCUUUGACCUCUAUGAUGAUUGGAUGGGCGCAGCCAGCCUGAAGGAGUCUGGGGCCCGGCUGGAGGCUCUUCGCCAGGUGUGUAGCCGCCUGCCCCCAGAGAACCUCCACAAUCUCAGGUACCUGAUGAAGUUCCUGGCCAGGCUGGCCGAGGAGCAGGAGGUGAACAAGAUGACCCCCAGCAACAUCGCCAUCGUCCUGGGGCCCAACCUGCUGUGGCCACCUGAGAAAGAAGGGGACCAGGCCCAGCUUGAUGCCGCCUCGGUGUCCUCCAUCCAGGUGGUGGGUGUGGUGGAGGCGCUGAUACAGAACGCGGACACCCUCUUCCCAGGAGACAUCAACUUCAACGUGUCAGGCCUCUUCUCAGCCCUCGCCCCCCAGGACAAGGUCAGCGACCAGCCGGACUCUGGGGAGCUGACAAGCGUUGCUGUGCCAGCUGCCUCCCUAGCCCCAGCUCCAGCUCCAGCUCCAGCCGCUGCUGCGCCGUCGUCAGUGUCUGGGAAGGAGAGCAGGCCAGAGCCCGAAGCACCCCCCAGGCCAGCCUCGCCGAGGGGCAGCAGGGGUGCCCCGGAGACCAACGCCCCAGCAGAAGACACGGCGCGGAGGACCAAGCGUCCGGCGCCCGCCAGGCCCACGGUGCCACCCCCCCAGCUCUCCAGCACUCGCUCCUCCCCUCCAACCCCACCCCUGCCCCCUGGCUCUGGCAGCCCUGGAACCCCACGAGCUUUGCCCCGCCGUCUGGUGGGCACCAGCCUCCGGGCCCCCACAGUGCCACCUCCUCUGCCUCCAGCUCCUCCACAGCCUGCACGGCGCCAGAGCCGUAAGUCCCCAGCGUCCCCCAGCCCAGCCUCUCCCAGCCCGACCUCCCCAGGCUCAGCCUCUUCUGGCCCAGGAUCUUUGAAUGUCACUGCUCAGGGGGAUCUGGGAGUGGCCCCAGAAGAUAGAGGGGCCCCUGAGGCUGCAAGUGGGGACCCCACUCGCUCAGCACUGCCACCUCAGCCCCGCCCUAGGGUCCUUGCCUCCGAGACUGACUGAGCAGGCAGUUCCUCCUUCACUAGCCCUCUGUGCCCCUCCCGAGACCUCCCUGGCCUCUCAAGGGGUGGAGCCCCCAGCCUUGCCCACAAGUGCGUCGGUACCCACUGCUGGGUCAGCCCUUGUGGCUGGGAAGGUUGAAGAGAACCCCUCCCCCAAUUUUCUGACCUUCUCCAUCCUGGGGCUGGGAACCCCACAUCUGACUCCCCACUCUGGCAGGGUCCCAGAAAGUUGGACCAGCUUGCCUGCUCCUACAGGACUAUUAUUUUUCUGUCGCCAACAUAUUUUUGUAAGGCUGGUAAAUAAAUUAUUUUGGACAGAACCAGAA